UAAAAUGCGAUGGACGACAGAGGUAUGUUUUGUAGCGUCCCAGUUGUUGCCGAAUCUUUAUGCGGCGCCUUGUCUCUUGCCCCGACCGGAUGCAACAGCCCAGUAUCUCGGCAAGCCUCCAACGCGAAUCUUGUCACGCAUGACGCAACCCACAUCGAAUCUGUCCACGCAUCAUUGAAAGCUUGCAUCAGCACCAGGGAUUUGCAAUGGGGGAAAGUGAUCCACUCGCAAGGAGCGAUCCUCCUCUCCAGGAAUGUUAAUCUGGCCAAUUCCCUCAUCACCAUGUACUGCAAAUGCGGGAGCCUCGACGACGCUCGCAGCGUUUUCGAUGGGAUGCUACUCCGGGACGUGGUUUCCUGGAACGCUUUGAUGCAAGGGUAUGUGGACGCUGGCCAGGGAGGCAAGGCCCUAGAGAUUUUCUCGCGGAUGAUGGAAGAUAGCGGCUGUGACCCGGAUGCUCGGAGCUUCGUAGCUGCGAUCAAGGCUUGCUCCAGCGAGUUCCAAGAAGGAGAGUCUUCGACAGAUUCGGAUGGGAAAAAGCUCUCUAUCAGGGGGAAAGCUCUCGACAGAGGGCGAUGGAUUCAUUCUCAAGCUGCAAAGUUUGGCUGCGAAUCCAACAUGUUUGUUUCGAGCUCGCUCAUCGACUUUUAUGCCAAGUGUGGGCGUUUGGUUGACGCGCGCCGGGUUUUCUCCAGAAUGCGAGUUCGCGACGUGGUAACUUGGAAUGCGAUCAUUCUGGGACAUGCCGAGAACGAGGAGCCGGAGCUGGCCUUGGAGUUCUUCUCGAGGAUGCAAAGGGAGGGGAGUGUUCCAAACUCUCGAACUUUCGUCGCGGCGAUCAAGGCUUGUGCUGUUCUUGCCGAGUUUGAGUCGAGCACUAGAGUGGAGAAGUCUGAUGUGAAGGUGGCGAGCUUGGAGAGAGGCAUGGCUCUUCACUCGCAAGCGGAGAGAAGUGGCAGUGUCUCGGACGUGUUCGUGCGGAAUAUUUUGGUGGAUAUGUAUGCAAAGUGUGGAGACGUAGAGGAUUCCCGGCGUGUUUUUAACAGAAGUUCCCAUCGCGACGUUGUUUCCUGGAACGCUAUGAUCCUGGGAUACGCAGACAACGGAGAGGAGCAUCUAGCUUUGGGGCUUUUCUCGAGCAUGCCCAAGCCAAACUCUCGAAGUUAUGUUGCUGCUCUAAAGGCUUGCAGUGCUCUGGCAGCUAAAGAACAAGGCAAGGAGUUUGAUGGAAAAGCUGGCAUCAAAAUCGAUUCUUUGGAGAAAGGCAUGGCUCUCCACGCUGGAGCAACGAUAUCCGGCUGCGAACUCGAUCACUUUGUAGCAAACACUCUGGUAGACAUGUACGUGAAGUGUGGUAGCACUGAAGAUGGCCGCAGGGUCUUUGAGAAAAUCCCACACCGGAGUGCUGUUUCGUGGAGCGCUUUGAUUCUGGGUUAUGCAAACAACAGACAGGGGGAGCUGGGACUCGAGCUUUUCUUGCAAGAAAUGGAGAAAACUCCGGGUUUGACACCAAACGCUCAAGCUUUCAACUCCGUUUUAAAGGCUUGUGCGAGCGUUGCCAACUUGAGAAGCUCCAAGUUUUUUCACGGAGAGAUUUGCAAGAGUGGAUGCGAAAGUAUCCCUGCGCUGGGGACGAGCCUGGUGGACUCUUAUGGAAAAUGCGGCAGUUCGAGCGAGGCACAGCGAGUGUUUGAUCUUCUCGCGAGGAACGAUGUGGUAAGUUGGACUGCUCUUAUUUCUAGCUACGCUCAUCAAGGUGAUACUGAAAAGGUUUUGUGCUGGUUUCGCAGGAUGCGGGACGAAGGAAUUCAAGCAAAUGAGGUAACUUUGCUGUGUGUUCUCUCGGCUUGCAGUCGUGCGGGAUUGAGCGACCGAGGGAAGAAAUACUUUGAGGCAAUGGUUCCAAAGUUUGGUGUCACUCCGAGCAUAGAACACUUCCACUGCAUGGUGGACAUGCUGGGACGAGCAAACUCGCUGGAGGAGGCGGUGUCCAUGGUAAGCUCGAUGCCAUUUCGAGCGAGCUCGGUGUCAUGGAUGACAGUGCUAGAUGGUUGCAGGAAGUGGAAGAAUGUGGAGGUGGGAAAGCUCGCGUUUGAAUCGCUGCUGGAGCUGGACAAGCGAGAUUGCGGCAAAAAGCAGCAGAGAGAAAAGAGAAUGAUCGAGUGGAUCGGGACCGAAGAACAGCAGAGGAUGAAACACUCGCAGGUAGAUGUCUUUCUCUUCACGAGCAAUCUACGUUGCAUUGAGCAGCCGCGAGAGCGAAGAGCACCGCGUUCAGCUGGGAAUUAUUAAACCAAGGUGGAAGAAUUCACUCGUGAGAAAGCUCCGGGAUACAGAUCCAGGUUCUAGCGUUUGGAUCGACAAAAGAGUGAACAUAAACAACAACUUGACGAAGAAAACACACAGGAACAGGGACACGGACAGGAACAGGAAACUGGAACAUGGAGAAUUCAACACGGGAUGAAAUGGAAAGGCAGGGAAAAAGGAUUUUUCUUCCUCCAGAUGCAGACAAUGCUUCGCCGUGUCUCGAUCAAUGACCGCUCAAGGCUCUCGAUGCAAUCAAAGUAUACACUACGACACGCUCAGCGCUCCUCUCCGCUCGUAGCAAUCCGACAAAGGCGGCGCUUUUGUUUCACUCGAACACGCAAACGCCUCUUCCGGGACAGUUUUACA